CCUCUCACAAUCAUUCUCCGUCUAAACCGCUUCUGAAAAUCGCAAGACCCGUCCGUAGCCACCUCCGAAUAUGUACAAUCUAUUUAGACAGCUAUUUCUUCCUCUCUUGAUUCGAGCAGCGAUAUCUCUAAAGACAAGACGAAGAUGGAUGAUAACUCACCUUCCACACACGGACACAACGAAAAGCAGAUCCCAGACCUUUCUGAUGGAUGGAAACUUACCUCAGAUGCCCGCGUUCGGCGUUGGUUCACCUUCUUCUGCGGCUUCUUUCUCAGACAGCCUGAUCUCGAGGAAUUGUGGCAGGAGGUGAGAAAGGCAAACGACUUGGAAGAAGUAUAACGAACGCUUGCGCGAUACGAUGAUGGGGAUCCAAGAGGG